CUUCACUCUUGCACCACACAAAGCUUAUUUCUCAAGAACCAUUCAAUAUCUUGUUUCAGAAAUGGCUUCAAGAGCUGCAGCCUCCAUUGCCUUGCUGCUCACUCUCAACCUCCUCUUCUUCACUAUGGGGAGCGCUGCCACUUGCCCUGUGGAUGCCCUAAAGUUCAAAGUAUGUGCGAAUGUGUUGGGUCUAAUUAAGAUCCCACCAGAUGCACCUUGCUGCAGCCUCAUUGCUGAUCUUGUUGAUCUUGAAGCUGCUCUUUGCCUUUGCACUGCCAUCAAAGCUAAUGUCUUGGGCAUUAACAUCAGCUUACCCGUCGACUUGAGCUUGGUGCUCAACAACUGCGGCAAGAAGGUUCCAGAAGGAUUCCAGUGUCCAUGAGUCGUUCCUUUAUCGUGGUAUUGUUAUCAACACUAGCACUAAACCAAUAAAUUCUUCCUUAUCAUCUUCAAUCCUUUUUUCGUUUUUUUGUUAAGUGAUAAGCUGUACUCCUUUAGUGAAUCAUCCAUAUUGUUAAAUGCUAUAGUGUUUAAUAUUCCAAUAAUAAGAUAUGUUAACGUGAUGUUUGUAA